AUGCCGUCGCCCCCGCGGCUGCGGCCGCCGCCGGCGAGUGUGCGGGGCUUCCUGGACGCGCACUUCACCUCCCCCGACAACCUUGCGGCCGCGCCGGCGCUCACGGAGCUACUCCGCCGCGAGUGCGCCGGGCUCGACGCCUCGCUCCGCCGCGCCGAGGCCCGGCUCGGUGCCGCGGCCGCGUCCUGGCUCGCGCGCUCGGCCGAGGCCCGCGCCGACCUCUGCCGCGUCCGGUCACGAGGGGUGCGCGUCGGCGCGGAGGACGAGGGCGCCGAGGCGGUGAGGACGGUGGGGCUGCCGGCGCUCGUGCGGGAGAUCCAACGGAUCGACACCAUCCGGCUCUACGCGGAAGCUACUCUACAGUUGGAAGCUUUGGUUGGCAACCUGGAAGAUGUGGCAUUUUCCAUCGUUAGGCAGGCCCCGAAGUUCAACCUAUCAUCCAUACUUCGAAAAUCAAAUGAAACAAAAUGGAAGCAAGGGAAGCUGCUCCAUGCUGUCGAUGCUGUGAGGGAUAUUGAGCGAGAAUUAGUACAGAUCAGCACUAGUAGGCCACAGUGGACCAACCUUGUCAUGGCUGUUGAUUCUAGAGUGGACAAAACUCUUUCCAUUUUGAGGCCUCAAGCCCUCACGGAUUAUCGGGCUCUACUAGCAUCAUUGGGCUGGCCACCUUCAUUGUCUUCACAAGACACAGAGAAGGAUAAGUACUCCCAAAUUCCGAAUCCUCUAGUCUUGAUGAACAAGGAAAAUAAAGAGAGAUACUCUCAAAGCUUCCAAGCACUGUGUGCUCUCCAGCAUGUGCAGGGAAACCGUGAAUUACGCCUGUGUCAAACAGCAGAAGUGACUCCUGCCCUGGCAGAUUUGAAGUACUUCAAUAGAACUGCUUGCUUCGACAAUGGGCUUUGGGCGAUCGAUGAAUUAGUUCACCCUAUUGCUUCAAGGAUGGAAUAUCAUUUUGCUAAAUGGUCUGAACAGCCAGAGUUCAUUUUUACCCUUGUUUACAAGAUAACAAAGGAUUUCAUGGAUGGGGUGGAUGAUGUACUGCAGCCUUUGAUUGAUCAAGCAAGACUAGUGGGAUUAAGUGCCAAGGAAUCUUGGGUAACUGGAAUGGUGAAAAUGCUUGUAGGAUACCUUGAGCGGCAGAUUUUCCCAGCACUUGUCUGCUCUUAUCAGGAUCAUGCUACUGUUGGCAAACCUGAAGUAGAUUCCUCUUGGAUGCACUUAAAUGACGUAAUGAUUUCUUUUGAUAAAAGAAUGCAGCUUCUAGCGGAUUCAGGAAUCCAGAAAAUUGCAUCUCUUUCUGAAGGUCUGUCUAGGUCCUUAUCUGUCUUUUCAAUAUACACUGAGCACCCUGAUUGGCUUCAGAUAUGGGCUGAUGUUGAGCUUAGUUCAGCACAGGAUAAGCUGAAAUCUGAAAUGGAAGAUGAGACAAAUUGGUCAUGUAGUGGUCAGCUUGACCAGCUUGGUCACAUGGAAAAUUCAAUGAAGUUUCUUCUCUCUACAAGAGAAGACUACAAAGCUCCUCCGGUGUGUGAAUUUGUUAUCAAAACUGCUUUGUCAAUGGUUGAAAGAGGCCGUGCUCUGCCAAACAGGGGAAUGCAGAUCCAGUAUAACAGAUCCUCUUCAGUUAGGUUCCUGAAUGACUUUUUUCUUGUCUUGCGUGAACGAUGUGAAGCAUUGGAAUUGUCGAAUACGGCAUUAGAAGAUCAGUCUUUGUCAAAAACUUCGUGUGCAAUCAACGCCGCUCGUUACUGCGAGAAUGUGCUUCGGGAAUGGGAUGAAGAUACUACCUUUUUGGAUAUGGGUCCUCAAGGAUCUCUGUUUACAGAUGAAAUCAGCUUCUUAGUUAAAUUAGGGACCAAUUACCUGGAACAGAUACUGUCUUCGGUUCUGCUUGAGUUUGAAGAUCUGUCCUCGGAAUAUGUCCAGAACAUUGGAUCAUGGAGUGGACAGACCAUCUUAGAUGAUCAGACCCUGGAUGAAGAAAAUGCAGGAGUAUCUCCUGGUUUUGUUGCCAGUCUAGAUGUUCUGACAGACAGGACCACUAAGUUGAAGCGAUAUCUUAAUUCCAAGGAUUUCCUUGAUCUUUGGAGGAGUAUAGCGGAAGGCCUCGACUACUUCAUCUGCAGCAGCAUACGAUGGGGUGAAGUAAGUUUCUCUGAUCCUGGAGCCAUCCAGCUAAGAGUUGAUACAAAAGCCCUUCUCCACAUCUUUAGGCCCUUCUGUUCAAGACCUGAAGCUUUUCUCCCUUUUCUAAGUGAAUCCCUGAAGUUGUUGACCAUGAAAAGGUCAGAUGCACAGUGCUUGCUGGAAAUGCUAAUGGAUGACACGAAGAGUGACAAUUGCCUAAAGCAUCAAGGAUUGCACCAUGUAAAUGCUAGCCAGGCUGCAAAGAUCUUAAGCAGCAGGAAGUUUUGUGGGUAA